AUGAACACCCCGCGGUCUCUUGCUGCCGCAUCACUACGAAGGCCUUCGGAGCCUUCUCAACCACAGGGAAUUUAUCGGUCGCCUCCUUCAAACUACAUUAAUGUGGGAUCUUUCUCCAAUUCGGAUACCCACAGCCUGUGUAUCCCAACCACGCUGACUACAGAGAAUGAGGCUUACCGUGACAGCUACUUUUCGAGCUGUCAUCCGAAUGCGCCUUUCCUUGAUAUCGGCUUUGAUUCCGAUGUUGAAAGGCUGCGUUCCGACAGUACACUGCUUUUCCUCGCCAUACUAUCCGUCGGCGCGCGAUUUUGGAGUGCCUCUUCUAAGACUGUAUGCUGGUUACAUCCUCGAUAUGCCGACAUAGUCCGUCUUCUUGAUGCGGAGCUGAUGAGAGUCACAUUGCGGCCCCGACCGGAUGAUCAAAAACUAGAGACCGUUCAAGCCCUCCUACUCUGCGCACAUUGGAUGCCAUUUGAUGUCUCCGACACGGGCAAACGCUACAGAUCUAGGUUUUCCGAAAUGGGUGCAUGGCAAUGUCUGGGGCUGGCCAUUAGAUGGGCUACGUCCCUUGCCCUGGAGCGAAGCUGUUAUUUGAGCUUCCAGCAACCACAGACAGCCACCCGGUUAGACGUACGGCGCUUUCGAACAAUGCUAUAUCUUGUCGAGAGUGAUCAUUAUUUGGCAUUAUCUGCCCGAAGACCAUCCUACCUCAAUCCUACUCCGUUGAAAGAAGUACUCGAAAAUUUCCUCCAUGCCGACUUUGUUCAGACCACAGACAUCCGGCUAGCAUCUCUAUUCAGAGUAGCCUGUGGUGCCCACUCCACCGGUUGCCGACCAUCAACUAUCGAAAGUGUCGAGGCGUUUGACAAAGAUGUGGAGUUAAUUGAGCGACAAUUCCUGUCGAGUCUAGGGAACAAGUCAAUAGAUACCCUGAGCCAACAUUUUCCAUUCACAUCGCUCCGAUGGUAUCGGCUCUCAUACGUUUGCGCAUUCCUUGACGCUACAGAUAUAACUCAACGAACAGGGGAAGCCUUGACUUGGGCAAUUGAUUGGGCUAGUCAGAUUCUAUUCCACCUCUCAAGACCACGAUAUAUGAGGGUUGAUAGUGACACGCCAGAAAAUGUUCAGCUGGAGCCUGAUCCAAGUGUUGUUGAUGUGAUGUCCUUCGCGAUUGAUCAUUAUUUCGUGGUAAUUGCCUACGCCUCCUUCGUGCUGGUCAACAGCUGGCUUAGUAACUUGAUGGACUUCAACCUCCGACCACAUAUCACGCGAUCAGAUGGUGCUCUUAGUGAAACGGCUUCAACCUCUCUGCUCUUCCGCCUUGUUGAUGUCGCAGCUCGUACCCUCGAAGCAGCCAGUCCCCCCGAAGGCCAUCUUGCCCGCCGAUAUGUCCCUCUGCUUCGGGGAAUGGCGGGAAUAAUCUCCUCCAGCGAAACGCAGAUUCAUGGUUCUAGUUGCCAGAAUAUGAGCAUGGCUACGGGAACCCUGGAUCCAUCAGAACAAUUGCAAAGCAAUUUGGGAGGAGAUCUGUGGGAAAUGUGGCAACAAGCGGGGCUAGAACCUAUUAUCUGGCCGGGGCCUCUGGAUGGGGUUUACGAAGCAUGA